AAAAUGCCUUCGCCAGGGUGUAAAACGGAAAGGCGCUACCGGUAUAUAUAAUCUGGCCGUCCUUGCCGUACCGGUAGGCCUACACCUCCAACUCGACGGUCUAAUUCUUAAAAGAGGAUCUUGAACUGAGCGUAGCCCCUUAUACAAGAUGUCAGAGAAUAUUUUAGAAUGGCGUCGCAGAUGGACCCCUGAUUUCUCUGUAGCUCCAUGGCUACCAUUUACUAUUGAGGGAAAUCAUCUUCUUGUUAAAAGCCUGUUUACCCAGACAUCAUUCACUGUUCUUGUGUAUGACUAUACAACCAUGUGGAUAGAACAAGGCAAUAGAGAGGUUGUCCUCAACACUGCAAAGGUAUGUAAUCCAAGUGUAGAGGCUCCUCUCAGUGAACUAUUGCAGCAUCUAAGUGAUCUCCUUCAAGAAGUUAAACAAUCUGUAAAGUACAACUUGGAGUACAAGGAAAAGGACAGAACAAAAGAACGAUUGAAGAUUCAUUUGACAUCUAAGUUACCUCAAGGAGUGCCUUUCAAAUGGACACUUUCUCUCUCAAAAGCUACUGAUGAAAUGGCUGCUUCACAUCUCACCAAUCCACUUCUCAUCUUGGUUUCAGAGCUGAUGAGAAGAGAGAAAGAGUUACACAGACUCAUAAAGAAAAAAGAUGAUGAGAUUGAAGACUACAAAAUGGCAGGAGCAAAGGUCUCAAGAAAGAAUAAACUGACUCCGGUAUUUGAAGGGAAAUCAUUUAACCAGGAUAUGAUCGGAUCAAAGGCAUUUAGAACAGAGAUUGUAAACAAUGGUGAGAGAGCUUUCAUUGAUCAAGGGCAAGACCUCUACAAAGAAGUAAUGAUCACUAGAGCAUGGUUGAAACGACCUUUAGAUGCAGAGGAAGUUAGUGACGAUGAAAUACCUGAUGAGGAUGCUGACCCUCAUAAUGCUGCUCCUGCAUGGGUGUCACGUCUACCAGGUUCAUUGGUUGGUGAUGUGUCUUCUGAUACCUUGUCACCUGUUAAAUCAUCUCCUUCUAAAUCUCCUAUGAAACCAUCUCCUGGAGAAUCUGCACAGGACAAUGAACUAAGAAGGAGAGAGGCAUUGGAAAAGAGACUGGCAGAAGAAAAAGCAAAGUUGCAGACAAAGAAAAAGAAAAAGAAGCUUUUUUAAUUAUUCUAAGUCUAUAUAAAUUAACUUUAAAUACUUUAUUUAUACUUGUACUUAGAAAUUUUUUAAGAAAGGGAAAAUUUGGGAUUUCUAAAAUUGCCUGAAAUGUAUAAAAAAUAUUGCCAUUUUGUGAGUAUCUACCGGGGUAUAUCCACCAUAUUGAACAAAAUGCAUCAUGUUAUGUGGCAAUGCUCUGAAGAAUGUUACUGAAUAGAUUAUGCAUAUCUAUAUAAUGGUAAUGUUCAUCAUCGGCAGCGGGGGGACGGGGGCAGUGCCAUCCACAACUUUUCUCAAUAGCAUGCUUACUUAAACUUAAGUGCUGAUAGUUUUGAAAUAAUCUGAACCUCUCAAAGCUUGCAAAUUUUGUUGAAAAUUACAGGGAUUUGGAAUAAAGCACAGCAUUUAUUGUACUUCUCAGAUUUGUUAUAGAAAUUUCAGCUUUUAGAUUAGUUUUUGUCAUCUUUCAUACAAUUUGAAAGAAAUUAAAGUGCUGCUAGCCUUAAAAGGGCAAAUGAAUACUUCUCCAUUUGUGACAUCUGGAUUGGUCACAAUUAAGUCUAGUUUGAUCAUCUGCAACAUUGACAUCACCUGGUAUAAGUUGCCAUUGACUGGGAUCAGUUGAGCUUUGAAUUUCGCCAACUGUGGUGGUCACAAACAUCUUGAAAAUCUUGAGAUUCUUUUGCAGUCAAAUCUUUGCUUGUAUUACAAAUGUGGCAAAUCUAAUGGGGUGAAAUAUACAAGCUACUUCACUCAGGAUAUCUCUUUUCGUCAUUUUUGUUGACUGAACUCCAUCCUCAUUCUCCUUGACUUGUAUGAAAAUGUCGAUAUCUCCCAAUCACUCCAAGCACCUUCUCAUCACUGAUUAUAUCGAACAGCUUGGGCUUACAUCCAUCUCAUCUAGUUCUCUGGAAAAACUUUUGUUUGACAUAUCCAUCCCUCACGGUGAACCCUUCAUCUCCUAGUACCUUGUCAAUGUCUUGACUUAGCUCCUCCACUUCAGUCACUGUAGCUACUGAGACACAAAUAUCCUCCAUAUAUGUGUUUUAUUUCAAUGCACAUGCUGCUAUUGGAUACUCCUCCCUUUCCUCAUUGGUUUCCUCAGAGCCAUCUGCACCAAAGCUGUGGCUUGGUUGAUGCCAGAAAAGACUACUUUCAUUGCAUAUACAUCUGGUUUCUGUUCUUGCUUCAUAUUUCUCCAAAGGAAACAGUGAACAUGUUGGUCAGUUUCUGGUAUCAUCACUCGAUGUUACAUCUUUGAGAUGUCUGCACACAGGGCUACUUCAUGCUCUCUAAAUCUCAAAAGCUCCCCUAACAGACUGUGGAAGCAUAUUGGGUCAAUUCUACCUGUAGUCUUUCAUUGACAGCCCUGGACAUUUUACUGAGGAUUUGGACACAAUUCUAAUGGGCACGCUUUUCUUCUGACUAUAUGACUGUUGUCUACAUCUGAUGUCCUGUUCACUUCCUUUAUCAUGUAACUUUUUCUUAUCAGAUGCACUAGAUCACAGAAUCUUGAAUCCUCUUCUUUCAGAGAGCAAUUUUUUUUUAUGUUGUUCACAAUUGCAUCUGUCACAAAUCUAGGAUCACCCAAAUCGAAUUGAGGUAAGCCUAGGCCGUAUCAUAAUAAUUGCUAAUACCUCAUUCAGAUCUAAUAAUUUCCCUUGGAGACAAGUGCACAGUAUUUUGAUAGCUUCCUGUUUACUGUAUAUUCUGGUGGUGGAAAUUAGAUUCGAAUGUAAAGUCAUCUCUAAUAUUUCUGGUGAAACUUGAAAGUCCUGGUCUUUCCACUUAAUCCGGCAUGCAUUAGCACCAGUUGUAGGGUUGGAAGAUGCCAAAUCACUGACUUUAUGAGAUGUGGGGCUUUUAGUACCAUCCACAGCAUUUUCCUGUGCUCCAGUUGAGAUGCUUCAGCCUUAAUAGAUUUCAUGAAAUCCUUUACUUUUAUCUGGAUUUCUAAAUACCCAUUCUGGUAAUCCUCCAACCAGGCAUCUUCAAUCUCAAAUUGCUCGUCAUCAAUUACUGUUUCAGAACAAGCCUCAUGUUUAUCCUCCAAUUCCUGAUAGGCAACUUGCAAAUUCUUAUAUCACUAGUUUACCUCGUCAACAUAAUUGUUGACAUCCAAAAAUUUGUGCAAGGUGUUGCUUAAUUUGGCCUUUGCCGUCUGCCUCUGAAUCCUGAGUUCUUAUUAGGUUCAGUAGCCAUGACUCGAUCUUACCCUCAUCUGCUGUUUAUCCCCGGUCAGCAUUGGUAGAAAUUGAAUGCAGUGGAUAAGACACCCAAACCUGCGUGUUUCUGUGUGAGCUAACUUUAACUGUUUGUUUGUGUCAUUCGGAGCGAAGGUCACCUGUGGUCUCUCUAAAUAACAAAUAUAACUAGUUCUCACUUCAUAAUAGUCUCUUAUGCUGCCUGAAUAAUGGUUGAAUAAUUCUGUCACAAAUUACUAUAAAAUGCAUGCCAUUGAGACACCAAUGAAGGAAAAGUCAGCUUUCAAACUCUCUUUUUAUAUUCAUAAAGAAGAAAGUUAUUAUGAAAAGGCCACUGCAAAGGGCAACUCUUGAGAUGCCCUCACAUUCAAAAUGUGAUAAGACACUUUCAUUUGUAUACUCAUUUAUUUAUAUGAUAGUGCAGAUACUUCUUUGCAAGAUAGAAUUAAUUCUGAUCAUUAUGGUGUUUCCAAGAGCAUAGUUAAUUCUUUGAUGCAGUUUAACCAUGGACCUAUUAGGUCCAUGAUUUAACAAACAUUUCUCAACCACAUUGAGAGAGUUUCAUGUAGAAUGCAAUAUUACAAUUGAAGUUAUGGAAAGUGAGGUGAAAGAUUCUUAAUUUUGUAGGAAUUUUAACAAAAUAAAUCGUUUUCAUUAAUAAAUGGAUUUAAUGAUCUUUUUUACCAUCUUUGUAACCCUAUUCAGUACAUUUAAUGUAGGUUGAAUAAUGUAUAGAGCGAACAAGUAUGUUUAGAGAUGUGAUGGAUAGAGUAUUUGUAUUAUAGUCGAGUUGUCAAUACAGCACUUACAUUCCAGAUUGAUAAAGAUGAUGCAUUUAUAAAAUUUUGAAGUUUAGUGCAUUGAUUGUGUUAUUAAAAAAAAAUCCAGCUUGAGUAAAUAUACAACAGAAUGAAAAUGGUUGGAUACAGUUGAGUAAAUAACCCUUCCUCGUCACCCUAUUUAUUUCAAUGUGGCCUUUGUCAACAAAUUUAAACUAAUGUAUUGACUAUACAUCUACCAAGAAAAUCUAGCUUAACCCCAACUUCUCAAUCAUGAAAAUUUACUUCACUUCAUAAAAAUGACAUUUGAGUUGUGUCAAGUUCAUCACACUUUUACUAAAUACUUUGUAUAAUAUAGUGAUUGAUCGGAAUAAAAAUGUACUUUUUUCAAAUA